ACCAUGGAGACGCUGUCACAGAACUCUCUGCUAGAAUGCCAGAUCUGCUUCAACUACUACAGCCCGCGGCGCCGGCCCAAGCUGCUGGACUGCAGGCACACGUGCUGCUCCGUGUGCCUCCAGCAGAUGCGGACCAGCCAGAAGGACGUGCGCUGCCCCUGGUGCCGCGGCGUCACCAAGCUGCCCCCCGGCUUCUCGGUGGCGCAGCUCCCCGACGACCCCGAGGUCCUGGCCGUCAUCGCCAUCCCGCACACGUCGGAGCACACCCCGGUCUUCAUCAAACUCCCCAGCAACGCGUGCUACAUGCUGCCCCUGCCCAUCUCCAAGGAGCGCACGCUGCUGCCCGGAGACCUGGGCUGCCAGCUACUGCCCGGGAGCCAGCAGAAGCCGGUGGCCGUGGUGACCGUGGCCGAGCAGCAGCCCCGGGAGGGCGGAGCGGCCCUGGAGGCGGCCGCGGAGGAGCCGGACAGGCGUGGCGUGGUGAAGAGCUCCACCUGGUCGGGUGUGUGCACGGUCAUCCUGGUGGCCUGCGUCCUCGUCUUCCUUCUGGGCAUCGUCCUGCACAACAUGUCCUGUAUUUCCAAGCGCUUCACUGUGAUAUCCUGUGGCUGAGCGGGGCUCCCGCGCACAGGCUCUGUGG